UGUUAUAUGCCCGCUUUUCAAAGAAAAAAAAAAUCAUCGAUCUACUGGGAAUAAGUUUUUACGUGUCUGCCACCUCCCGGCCAACUUUGAUUCAUGUUUCCCUCGUUGUAAAACGAAAAUUUAAAAGUUACUUCCAUUUGCUUCUUUUCGCAAAAAUUUGAUCCGGAUGAUAUAAACGUUUUGUAAAAAAAAUUCCAAAGACAAAAAAUUUUAAAUCUGAAAAUCUGUCGUGCGAUACUUAACUGUAAGAAUCAGCUUUCCUUUAUACAAAACCACACUCCAAUAUUGUUCUAAAGUAUUAUCCGUCUAAAGCACAGCUAAAAAAAAAAUAAAUAAAUAAAGGACAAUUUCAAACCUAUUAAGGAGGUCAGAAGUUUGCAAAACAAAAAGAGCGCCUUCAGGUCUUCUGUUAUUUUUGACCAUUCAAGCGGAAAUCUUUAAAUCUGUAUAGAUAUCCUUUUAACCUCCCACCAAGCAAAUUAAUCCUUUGACUAUGUUUUGUCUCGUAUGACUGAUUCCUUUAGGAAAUGUUUGUUAUUUAAUUUUAUCACAAUUUUCAGCCUUGUUCCGCAUCCUUUUGAAUGUGGGAUUUCCUUGAUUCGUUUCCACUCUUUUUACUCGGCCAACUCCAGUAACAUGGUAACUCCCGUCAAGCUGACUUGCCAGAUUGAAUCUGUCUAAAGCUUCGACAAAAAACCUCUACAUCUUAAGACCUCCGUCAUGGUUACCAACAUUCGCAGCAUUCUUAGACGAUCAGGGUUUAUCGUGAUCUGAUCCGCGAUUCACGAGGAAUUCCAAUCCAGAAGUGAAGAAAAAUUUCGUCACGCUUGGUCAACGUCACACAAUUGUCACGCACUCACCUCACGAACCAAUGAAAUGAAUCGCCUCCCCAGUCCCUUUAUGGGGAGUCAGCGGUAGCCUUAUUUGAACAAACAGCAGUAAUCUGUGGUUACGUGACUCAUUCGGUCAUGAAGUUUAGAAUCGUUAGAUUUAUUUUAGGAAUUAUAGGUCUUAUAGUGAUAAUACAAGUGUUGACGACCAUCCAUUUCUCGUCCAAACACUGGCCAGAAGAGCAUCUAGUAAUUGGGAAUCGUCAUGUUCCAAGAUCGAGUUUUAAAACCGACCCACACGUGGGGAUCGAGACAAAACAGCAUCCGUUACAAGAUGAACAUGAGAGAAAACCAGAGAAAAAUAAUGAGCAAGCAGCUUUAGAGCAGCCAUUUGUUCCUCCAUGUCAAGUGAAACACAAAGAUGCUCUUUCUGCAUUAAAGAGGGUGAAAUCUGAGAAAUGUAAAAGACUUAUUUACAAGACAGCAUGUCUGUCAGAGGCCAAAUUGCUUUAUACCUCUCUACUGGACAUUAAGAGAACUUGCCCUGCACCACGUUCCACCAAGGGUCCUGCUAGACCAAUUGAUCUAAGUCGCACAGCAUAUGGAAACCCAAUCAGGAUUGCAUUUGUUCUUACUCUUCAUGGACGAGCUUUUCGACAAGUGAAGAGAUUGUUCAAGGCCUUGUACCACAAUAAUCACUACUUUUUCUUUCACAUUGACACUAGAUCUGAUUAUCUAAGAAGAGAAGUAUUGAAGAUGAUCCGUGCCUUUCCAAAUGCUGCAGUGGCCCCAUGGAGUAUGGCAACUAUUUGGGGAGGAGCAAGUCUUCUCCAAAUGUUGCUGAAAUGUAUGGAGGACUUGUUAGCCAAAAAGGAUUGGAAAUGGGAUUUUUUCAUAAACCUGAGUGAAUCUGACUAUCCAAUACAGCACAACUCAAACCUGGUUGAAUUUUUAAGAGCAAACAGAGAUUUCAAUUUUUUAAAACCCCAUGGAAGGGAACUCUUGAGGUUCAUUAAAAAGCAAGGCCUGGAUAGGACAUUUUUUGAGUGCGAUGAGCACAUGUGGCGACUUGGCGACAGAACACUGCCCACUGACAUCGAGAUCGAUGGUGGAAGUGACUGGAUUGGUUUGAACAAAAAGUUCUGCCACUAUUUAGUAACAUCGAAGGAUCCUCUAGUAGUGAGACUCAAGCAUAUGUAUGGAUACUCGCUACUUCCAGCAGAGUCUUUCUUCCAUACCGUGUUAAGGAAUGGUCCUUACUGCGAGACCUUCGUCCGCAGCAAUCUUCGUCUCACAAACUGGAAGCGGAAGCUGGGCUGCCGGUGUCAGUACAAGCAUAUCGUGGAAUGGUGUGGCUGUUCACCGAACGACUUCAAGCCCGAGGAUUUGCCACGGCUAAAGAGCAAGUCAACAAAUUUUUUCGCACGAAAAUUCGAGGCCAUCGUGAACCAGGAGGUCAUCAACCAGUUAGAUUCUUGGCUUUACGACACAUAUCCGGCCGACAUGCAAGGAUUGAACUACUACUGGGAGAAUCUUUUCCAUCACGAAGACUCCAUCACCAAAACUAGCGACGUGUUUAGAACAUUCUUCCAUGCUUUUGCUAGAGUAGGAGAGAAAAGUUUAAAAGUAGCUGCCUCGCAAGGCGCCAAAAGCCAGAAAUGCCCGAGAGGAAAGAUUACAGACAUUCGGGAGAUCACGCUACUGAAUCAACAUGAUCAGUUUGGCGGGUUAUUAGUUUUGUAUCAUGUUGAAUAUUUAACAAACGAUGGCGGUAAACGUAUUGUCACGUUAGAAUCGUGGCUUGCUCCGUUGAGUCAUGAAGAGCUUUUAAAUUUGAACAUGAGUAACGGACCACAGCGACUUGUGGGGCUUGAGGUGGGUACCAGUUGGGACCAAAAAGAAAGGGUCUUUCGCAACAUGGCUCGUCUGAUGGGUCCCUGGGACGACCCCGUCUUGGUACAUCGCUGGGUUCAUGGCAAAGCAUUUGAUGUAAAACUUAUGUGGGUGGACCCUAUUAACGUGGUGACAGGAAUCUAUGAAAUGCGCGUUGUCGAUAACUGGGUGGUUUCUUUUCACAAACCUACUUUCAAGAAACCAAUGCGGCCUGGAAAGUGGACAAUUAAAAUGAUUUUCUCGCAUAAAGGCGAGGACAUGGUCAUAGGACAAACGAAAUUCUUAGUGGUUCCUUUGUCAUUCUCAAAAGGCCAACCUAGUAGCUCUGAUGAAGCUGUCGCCGCGAACAGCGGUCCACCGGGCGGGAUUUAUAACGCCAAUGAUUUCUUGAUCGAGUUCGACCGAGAAGCAAACAACACAGAAGCCCUAGCCAAGAGGGCCGCAGAAAAUUCCAGGAAGUCUGGGGCACCGCUUCAUGAUUGGAUAGAUAAUGUUACAGAAUAUUUUUGGACAGUAGAAUCAUCUUGUACAAUUCAAGGAAAGAUUCCCGGAUGCGAACAAAUUCCACAAUGUGAAUCUACUUUAUGGAGUUCAAGGUCGCCAGAUCCUAAAUCAGAAAUAGGAAGAGUUAAACCCAAUGGUAGAUUACGAUAACAUAGAAAUUUCAAUAUAACACUUUCGCUCCCGAGAUUGGAUUGAUAAUGCGUCAUUUUAUCCACACAAAAUUCCCUUGUAAAUUAGAAGAGGAUAUUAUGUAUUACGACAACACCCUCUAGGGGACAAGUGUUUUUUUCUCUGAUUCUCAUUACCUGUUCGUUAGAUAAUGUCUAGAGGCGGGGAGGAGAAAUUACAGGUCAAUCACAUGUGGGAGUAAAAGUGUUGAUGGGUCUUGUCCCAUAGAUAUUUUUAGAUUUUCAAAUUGCGUUUAAAAUGUUCCGCAAACAAAAUAGCGUAUUUAUUAUUCUUGUCAUGAUAAUUUUGAUAACUUUUAUGGCGUUAUAUGAACUAAAAGGUUACAAUACAUUCGUAACUUUUGGUAGAAAUUCUUCAAAAACGUUUUGAGCUUCUUUGGAAUUUGGUUCAGUUUGUGUCAUGAAGCAGUAGAACUGUUUAUUGUUUAGAGACCGGAUAUAAUUUAUCUCGGAGUGGGGAUGGUCGGAGGAUUUUGGUUGUCCCCCUCCAUAAAACCCUCUAAUAUUCGUAUGAUUCCCC